CCUCUGAAGCAGCUCAGACCGUCCGGUCGUUCAGAGACACCGAGCACCGAGCACCGGGGACCGAGCACCGGGCACCGGACUAGUUCACACGGCGGAGGAACACCGAGUCUGUGAAACAACUUUUACGUUUGUUCCUGUUUGUUCAUCUUGGUGACACCGGAAAGACAAGAAGAGAGGGAGAGGAGAAGAGGAGAAGAGGAAGAGAAGAGAGGAAGAGGAGAAGAAGAGGAGAAGAGGAGAGGAAGAGAAGAGAGGAAGAGGAGAAGAGGAGGAGAAGAAGAGAAGAGAGGAAGAGGAGAACAAGUGGAGCAGAGGAGAGAAAGAAGGGGAGGAGAAGAGGAGAAGAGGAGAAGAGGAGAAGAGGAAGAGAAGAGAGGAAGAGGAGAAGAAGAGGAGAAGAGGAGAGGAGAGGAAGAGAAGAGAGGAAGAGGAGAAGAGGAGGAGAAGGAGAGAAGAGAGGAAGAGGAGAACAAGUGGAGAAGAGGAGAGAAAGAAGGGGAGGAGAAGAGGAGAAGAGGAGAAGAGGAGAAGAGACACCCGCCGGUUCACCUCCUGAGAGAAUGAGGCAGUGUGAAGCGCGGCGCGCGGCGCUGCCGUUGCUGCUGCUGCUGCUGGGUCUGGGAGCCGCGGCCCAGAAGCUGCCCACGAGAGACGAAGGGCUCUUCCAGAUGCAGAUCCGAGACAAGUCGCUGUUCCACGACUCCUCCGUCAUCCCGGACGGCGCCGAGAUCAGCAGCUACCUGUUCAGGGACACGCCCAAAAGGUACUACUUUGUGGUGGAGGAAGACAACACCCCGCUGUCGGUGACCGUGACGCCCUGCGACGCUCCUCUGGAGUGGAAGCUCACCCUGCAGGAGCUGCCGGAGGAGGCCAGCGGAGAGGCCUCAGGAGAGCCGGAGCCUCUGGACCAGCAGAAGCAGCAGGUGACGGUGGACGAGGGCGCGGAGCUCUUCACCUACAAGGGCAACGACGUGGAGGCGUACCUGGCCAGCAGCACGCCGGCCGGCCUCUACCAGCUGGAGCUGCUGUCCACGGAGAAAGACAGCAACUUCAAGGUGUACGCCAGCACCACCCCGGAGUCCGACCAGCCCUACCCGGAGCUGCCCUACGACCCCCGCGUGGACGUGACCGCGCUGGGCCGCACCACCGUCACCCUGGCCUGGAAGCCGACACCCACGGGCUUCCUGAUGGGCCAGCCCAUCCGCUACUGCGUGGUGAUCAACAAGGAGCACAACUUCAAGAGCAUGUGCGCCGCCGAAGCCAAGAUGAGCGUGGACGACGCCUUCAUGAUGGCGCCGAAGCCCGGCAGAGACUUCAGCCCGUUUGACUUUGCCCACUUCGGCUUCGUGCCCUCCGACAACGUGUUCUCCAAAGACCGCGGCCUCACCAGCAACAAGAUCUCCCGGGCAUACGCGGCCAAGCCCCGAGCGGCGGACAUCCAGCGGCUAUGCAUCGGCAACAAGAACAUCUUCACCGUGUCGGCCCUGAAGCCGGACACGCAGUACUACUUCGACGUGUUCGCGGUCAACGCGGCGACCAACACCAGCACGGCGUACGUGGGCACCUUCGCCCGCACCAAGGAGGAAGCCCGGCAGAAGACGGUGGAGCUGAAGGACGGCAAAGUGUCGGACGUCUUCAUCAAGAGGAAGGGCAGCAAGUUCCUCCGCUUCGCCCCGGUGUCCUCCCACCAGAGGGUCACCCUGUUCCUGCACACCUGCCUGGACGCCGUGCAGGUGCAGGUGCGGCGCGACGGCAAGCUGCUGCUCUCCCAGAACGUGGAGGGCGUGCGGCAGCUGCAGCUGCGCGGGAAGCCCAAAGCCAAGUACCUGAUCCGGCUGCGCGGCAGCAGGAAGGGCGCCUCCACCCUGAAGGUGCUGGCCACCACCCGGCCCGGCGGCAAGCAGCCGUUCCCCUCGCUGCCGGACGACACGCGCAUCAAGGCCUUCGACAAGCUGCGCACCUGCUCCUCCGCCACCGUGGCCUGGCUGGGCACGCAGGACCGCAACAAGUACUGCAUCUACCGCAAGGAGGUGGCCGAGAACUACGGCGAGGAGCAGCGGCGCCGGGAGCAGAACCAGUGCGCCGGGCCCGAGGCCCGCAGGAAGUCGGAGAAGGUCCUGUGCAAGUACUUCCACAGCCCCAACCUGCAGAAGGCGGUGACCACGGAGACCGUCUCGGGCCUGGAGGCGGGGAAGACCUACCUGCUGGACGUUUACGUGGUGGGCCACGGCGGCCACUCGGUGAAGUACCAGAGCAAACUGGUGAAGACAAGGAAGUACUGCUGAGUGACUCCGCAGAGAAUACAAUCUAUUAUAAAUCGAUAUAUUAAAUACGUUUAUUUAACUCUCAGUGAUAUUCUACUAAGGAGUGCAUACGGACUGACUACUCACACAACGUGGCAGUGGCUGAACUGUUCGUGGAGAGAGACAUCGACCUGUAUAUUUAUGUUUACAUUUCAUCGCCGGUGGGCGGAGCCGCUGCGUCGCCAUGACGCCGCCACCAGGGAGGCGGGACUUAAGGAAGAAGAAGGCAUUUUUCUCCGCCGCUGCAUGGCGUCUUUGUUCCUCCGGCGGUCCUGCCGGUCUGAGGCGGCGUUGUAUAGAUCUCUCACUGCAUACUCACUACAUGUUUUAGGAGAAAUUUAAAUUAUUUUAUACUUUUUCGUCUCUCUCUCUCUCUUUGUUUCUCUUUUCGAUCGUUUUUAUCCAUGACAAUAAUAACUGUUUCCAGUUUCACGAGGACGUUGUCGUAGUUGGGACGUUCCCGUCCGUUGGCUCUAGAGCUCUUCUUGUAAAUGUGUUCUGUGCUGGAGAUCUGUGUUAUUAUCACUGUAUCGCUGUGCGUGUGUGAGAGAGUGUGUGUGUGUGUGUCAGUGUAUCACAUGUUCAGAGUUGUUCUGCCAAUAUCCAUGUACAUAAACACUAAAUAUAGACCCAGUAAUCCUGUCA